CACCCUGCCCGCGGGAGGAGGACACGCCGGCCCAGCCCAGCACCGGGAGCCUGGCGGGGCCUCGGGGCAGGGCCCAGGGGCUCCGCGGAGUGAGGGCGGCGGCCGGCGGCCAGGUUUCCCCCCUGCAGUGAGUGUUGCUCACCCCCACCUCACAGGGACGCUGAUGAGCAGGAGCCAGUGCAAGUGAGGCUCAGAGGUGCAGGCAGAGGACCAAGGCUGUGGAGGGAGCUGCAGCCCAGGACCAGCAGAGGUAGAACCAUCCCCGCAACAGAGUCCCAGGGACCAGCUGAGUUCCUCUUCCUGGGCCUGUGGGCUGACCCCCUAUGAUGGGCCGGGGACCUGCCCCCCAGCCAUAUCUUUUGAGCACUAGGACCGUUGUACUCGCGUGCUGGGACCCAGCAGCAGUGACUCGCUCCUGUCCGGUGCGUUUCAUCAGCAGCUCCCAGAGCAUUGUAUCGAGGGGCUCGGUGUCAUCCUCGCAGGUCUGCUUGGAGCCCCGAGUGGCGGCUGGGCCCGUCUCCCUCCCUGCCCAUCUCCAAUACCACCCAGAUGCCCCCCAUGCCCUGGCUCCAUCCUGGACUCAGGCCCUUCUCCCCCUAUCCCAGCCUCGGCAACCUCAGGCAGCAGCUGCUGGAGAGGAAGCCACUCCCCGGAUCGGGGGACGCCUCCCCGCGAAACCGCCAGGGGCUGAAGCCGUGACCCCGCGCUGCCCUCACUCACUAAAUCUACCCCGCUGGCAGCUCCUUACCUCACCGCCCCCCUUUUGCUGCCGGGCUACCCCCACCUGCACAGAGGACCACUGCGGGGACGUCCGUAGUGCCGCGUGCCCGCCAGGCACCGGCUGGCCCCUCCGGGGGCGGGUGGGAGGACGGUGACCUGAGGCCAGGCAGCCGCCUUGCCAGCUGGUGUCCACGCAAGUCUUGGCACCGUGGGACAGGAUUGGCUUGUACCACAUUUCCAGCCCCCCGCCGAUGCCCCCACCAGCCCCAUGGAAGCCGUGGCGAGAUCCACCCUGUGGCUCCGCGGGGAGCUGGUGUCCCCGGCCCCCCAACUGCACAUCCUGGAUUGCCGCAGCCGGGAGCGCUACGACUCCAGCCAUGUGGCCCGGGCGCUGAGCGUGGCCCUGCCAGGGCUGCUGCUGCGGCGUCUGCGCAAGGGGAACCUCUCGGUCCGGUCGCUGCUCCCACCCGCACCAGGCGCCGUCCUGCUCUACGACGAGGCCACGGCCAUGCUGCCACACCCCGGCCAGGACGAUGAGGAGUCGGUGCUGGCCACGCUGCUGCGCAAGCUGCGGGAGGAAGGCUGCACGGCGUAUUACCUCCAAGGGGGCUUCUCUAAGUUCCAGUCCGAGUGGCCAGAUUACUGUGAGACCAGCCCGGAGGUGCCCAGCGCCAGCAGCUCCCCCGCUCCUACAGGGACCCUGGUGGUGGGCCUGGGGGGACUGAGCCUGGGUUCGGACAGGGACUCAGGAUCCCUAAGUAGUGGGGGGGUGGACUCGGAGGCAGCCAGUCCCCCAUCCUACCCAGUGCAGAUCCUGCCCUACCUCUACCUGGGCAGCGCCCAAGACUCGGCCAACAUGGAGACGCUGGCACGGCUGGGCAUCCACUACGUCCUCAACGUCACCCCCAACCUGCCCAACCUCUUCGAGGAGCAGGGAGGCUUCCGCUACAAACAGAUCCCCAUCUCGGACCACUGGAGCCAGAACCUGGCCCGCUUCUUCCCUGAGGCCAUCGCCUUCAUUGACGAGGCGGUGUCCCAGAACUGUGGAAUCUUGGUUCACUGCCUGGCGGGGGUGAGCCGCUCGGUGACGGUGACGGUGGCCUACCUCAUGCAGCGCCUCAACCUGUCGCUCAAUGAUGCCUAUGACCUGGUCAAGCGCAAGAAGGCCGACAUCUCGCCCAACUUCAACUUCAUGGGGCAGCUGCUGGACUUCGAGAGGGAACUGGGGCUGGCCGAGGGAUCACCAGCGACCCCUGGAGCCCCCGACGGGAGCAGCCAGACACCCACAUCCUCCCCAGGCUGCUUCUUCACGCCGCCGCCCUCCGAAUGUGAGGAAGAGGAUGGCAGCUUCCAACAUUACCCCACAUAGCCCUUACCAUCCUCCAUGAGCCCCAUGGCUAAUCUAGGCAUCGGUGGGAUUACCAGGGGAUGCGUGGCUAACCUAGGCCUUGGCAGGAUGCUAGAACCCACAGGGAUGAAUCUAGACCUGCCUUUUCUGGGAUCUGUGCUCUGGAGCCAGGUCUGGAACCUGGAGCUCUGGAAUAGGGACCCAGAAUCUGCAAUUAACUCCCUUGUUUGGAGUUUUGAUUCUGGAACUACAAGGAAAAGAAAACCCAGUGAGGUCAUGCUGGAGCCUAGAACUCAUCGCUCUACAGAUGGGAGCUUGAGUGCCAUGCCAGGUCUGGAACCUGGACCUCUAGAAUUCAACUGUACCCCAGAGCCAUCAGAACAUGAAGCUAGAACCUGCAUCAACUAACUUGUUUGGACAUUUGGUUUUAGAGGUUCAAUUAGGAGAAUAUUAAGCCAGUAAAUGACCAUGCUGGAGCAUAGAAUGUGCAGUUAUAGAAGCAGAUUAAGAGAUCUUGAACGCUAAUGCCAUGUCUGAAAUAUGAGCCUCUAGAAUCUAGGAGAUCAGCUGCACCUAAAAUCUGAUUGAUUGCUCCAGAACUACCAUUUCAAAACCACAUGCCAGAUCUGGAACCUGCAGCUUUGGAAUCAAGAAUUGGCCAGUAGUUCUAGAGCCAUAAUAAGAAUUAGAAGCCACCAAGGUGGAGUCUAGAACCUGCAGUUCUAGAAGUGGAUUAAGGAAUCUACAGAACCAAGUCUGGAAUAUGCAUCUCUAAAACAAAGACAGAGGACCUGUAUUAACUCCCUUCUUUUGAUCUAAAGCCACAAUGAGAGUUAUAAGACACUGAGCUACCAGUCCACAAUCUAGAUCCUGCAGCUCUAAAAGUGGGUGAAGGAAUCCCCAUCAGACAGUGCCAGGUCUGGAACAGCAGUUCUGGAACCAGAAUCCAGAGCCAACACUUACCUGCCUUGUUUAGACCUUUUGGUUCUAAGUCUACUAUGGUGGAACCUAGAACCUGCAGCCCUAGCAGCGUGUUCAGGAUUCUCCAUUGCCUGGUGCCAGGUCUGGAACCUGUAGCUAGGAUUGGUGAUCCACCCUACCUAGAACCUUAUUACUUGAGCAUUAUCGUUUAAAAGCCACGUGGGCCAUGUUUGGAACCUGCCUGGCUAUACAACAAAGAGAACUCCCAUCUUGUUUGGAGCAUUGGUUCUAGAGCCAUAAUGUGAGUAAUAAUCAUGCCAGAAUCUAAAACCUGCAGAUCUAGAAGUGGGUUGAGUGAUCUCCAGUGCCAGGUCUGGAACCUGGGGCUCUAGAACAGUGAUCCAGAGCCCACAUUCGCCUGCCUUGCUGGCAUAUUUUGUUUCUAGAGCCAGUUAGGCUACCAUGCUGGAGUCUAGAACUUGCAGCUCCAGAAGUGGGAUCAGGAAACUUCCCCAUCAGACUUCACCCCAAGGCCUGCCCUGUCAUCCCGUGACUGAGCACUGACCCGACCGCGUCCAGCCACUUGCUUGUGGGUUUUGAACAACUGGAUUGGAACUGGGGCUGGUUGGUGAUUCUAGAACCAGUUCCCAGUAGGGUUCCCAGCCCGAAAACCAGAUUGUGUUCUGGAGGGUUUGGAGCAGAGGCCUGGGAGACGGGGAAAAAACUGUGUGUGUGUGUGUGCGUGUGUCUGUCCGUCCGUCCGUCCGUCCAUCCCUGCUGGAGAUGUCCCGUGCAUGUGUCCUUGCUGGAGGAGAGGAACCCUGGCAUGUGUCCCCGUGUGCAUGCCCCUGCUGGGUGUGUGUGUGUGUGUGUGUGUACGUGCGCGCGUGUCCGUCCAGGUGCCAGAAGCUCACACUGAUCCCCGCUGGGUGAUGGGGGAGGGGUGUUGUUUUGUCACCGUUCUGACACCCCCCACACACACACAGUGCAGGGGAUGUGCUAUUGUCAGGGUGUCCAGGGACAGGGGUGACAACGACAAUAAAGCUGGACUUUAACCCCCUGCUCCUGUUGUGCUCAGUACCCUCCAGCAGGGGGAGCUGGGAGCCCGGACUCCUGGGUUCUUCGCUCGGGGAGCAGUGGCUGGUG